GGGCGGCGCUCGCGGACCCGUCCCCCAGCUGCGGGUGGGGGGGGGGCGGCGGGAAGGGAAGAUAAUGUUCGGGGUAGAAUACGGGCUGCACCGGGUGACGUGAACGCGAAGGAGCGGGGACAGACACACGGCGGAAGGGUGCGGGCCGUUCCUCUCGGAAGCGCUUUCAGAAAGGUGUGAUGUCCAAGGCGCUAGCAAAGGAGAGCCACGCAGCAGGCUGGCAAGAGGAUUGUGAGGGCGGCUCCAGAAGGAGGAGCUGGGGGCUGUUGGUCACUGCUGGUGUUGGUGGGACCUUGGUGGCACUUUAUGCUGUGGUCACCCCCUUCGUGACCCCGGCUCUGAGGAAAGUGUGCCUGCCCUUCGUUCCUGCAACUUCCACUCAGAUCCAGAAUGUGCUGAAAAUGUUAGAGAACAGAAGCGGCUCCCUAGUUGACAUUGGUAGCGGGGAUGGCCGUAUUGUCAUAGCAGCUGCAAAAAGGGGAUUCAAAGCUGUUGGUUAUGAAUUAAAUCCCUGGCUAGUCUGGUACUCCAGAUACCGUGCCUGGAGAGAUGGGGUGCAUCAGAACACCAAGUUUUAUAUUUCAGACUUAUGGAAGGUUUCUUUUUCCCAUUACACGAAUGUUGUUGUUUUUGGGGUGCCUCAAAUGAUGCCACAGUUGGAGAGGAAGCUGGAAGAAGAACUUCAAUGUAAUGCCAGAAUCAUUGCUUGUCGUUUUCCUUUCCCUUGCUGGAUCCCAGAUCAUACUACUGGAGAGGGAACAGACACUGUGUGGGCCUACGAUUUGAAACAUCACAGAGGAUGUGAAACAAAAAGCUUGGAAAUUACACCAGAGACAGAAUCCUAAACAUCUAAUUUGCUUUUGUACUGAAAUUUUUGGCUUUGACUUCACCUGUUAGAGAUAAGAUUAAUGUGAAUAGAGCCCCAGGAUAUGGAGAUACAUAUUGACUAAAAUAACUGAAGUACACUGGUUAUCUGAAAGCACACAAAGGUUAGUUAAAGGUGUAGUGAAAUGGCUUAAUGUAGUUAGUAAAAAUUAUGAGAAAGUUUUACAGAAGCGGAAAACUUUAAUAUGGAAAAUGGGAUAAAACACGGUUCACUACUGUUCAGGGGAAUACAUGUUUAAGUUAAAAUGCUCAAAUUGGCGAACCUAAUAUGUGCAUUCUUUCUGAGCCUACAUAGCAUUUGUUAUUGGUGUUGGAAGUGGUGUGCAAGUGGCUUCUCAAAUGAGCCGUGGUUCCCAAAUGUCUUCAUUAUGUAUGCCAAGCAGGCAUAAGGCUGCAUACAUCAAACUGAUGCAGAUUCAGUAUGAUGAUGAUACCAAUGUUUUACACCUCAGCCUUGAAUGUGUACUUUUUAAAGUUGAAUAUGGCACAACAAGCAAAUAGAACAAGUUGCUUAUUCAUUAACACAAGCGCAGCCCUUGAUUACAAUAAUGUGUUUUUAUUUAACUUACGUGAAGACCAAACUGCAGACAUGUGCUCUUACUGAAUACUUACUGGUAUAACCCUUUGCAAAUGACCAUGAUUUUUCCUAACCUCUCUGAUUUAGGAAGGGUUUCAAAAGUCACCUACCUGGCAGUGAAGUGUCACUGCUUCUGUGUGCUCAAACCUUGGAUAAGGUAUGGGUGAGAGUUGCUUGCUUGAAUAUGUCAUGAAGUCUGUCUCUGAUUUCAAAGUUAGUUGGUCUGGCUAGCUUGGCUAAACCUGAUUAGACCUCAUUUAAUUUAUAGUAAGAUGGGAAGGGAGGUUUUCAGUCAGGUUUCUUUUCCCUUGUACUUUUCUAUGCCAUCUGAUGAGAUCUCAGAAACUCAUGAUAUUGCUGCAUGGUUUUUCCUUGGAAGCGAAUCAAGUUUUCCCUGUCUUUUUGCUGAUACUGGUUUGCAGGGGGGUACUGUCACUGCUGUGACAUUUUCUGUUCCUAACAUGGUUACAGCACUUUUCUAUUUUUUUAACAGUCUGCUUACUUGGUCUUUCCUUUGGUUCCCAGGUAAAGUUUUACUGUGUUGAUCCAUUAACGAUUAGUCAAAGUUCGUAGUUAGCCUCCCCAGCCCCAGUUAACAUAUAGACUGUUUGUUAAGCAGUGACCAUGUAAGCUUGUCAGACCUUUGCAUAUAUGAUACCCAUAGACCAAAGCUAAAACAGGCUAGGAAAUUGUCACCUGACUUCUAAGGCAGUCAUUAGCACAACUAAAAUUAGCUCAGGCCAAGAGAAGUGUUGAGACCCUGCAAUUUCAGGUAAAUACAAAGCCUGUGACAUUUUAUUAGGCAUUGGGAAAGUGCAUUUGCUGGACUAUAGUAUCUGACUUGAAGAGAAGUUAGAUGUUAUUUGGGAUGUGUAGUCUACAGUUACACCUGUACCCAGGCUUUUUAUUUUUGGUGGGAGGAGAGAAGAAGAAGAAUUUAAAAUAAAAAUCUACACUGAGGAUUUGACAUGGAGCAGCGGAAUGGUUUUAUCCUGAUGAUGCAUACAAAGCAAGAGAAGAAAGGGGCAAAUGUAUCUGCUCUGGAGUCUGCAAAGGAGAGCUGAUUUCAGCCUCCCAUGGCAAGGCACAGCUGUAAACGUGGAGACUGUAUGUGUUGAAGAACACUGAUGUCUGGUAAGCAGUCUUUUACAGCCUUUCGCUACAGUGUAAUAUAGUGCAUCUUGUAAAACUACACUAAACUCUUUCUACCAUGAUUUAAGUGUUAUGAUUAUUACACAGUGACAGGACAGGGCUACAGAGGCUUAUCUAAAGUGGCUGAAUUUACUUUAAUAUCCCAAGGCUGUAAAACUGGAACUCAGACAAAGGAAAUCUGAAAUUACUUCUGUUGGAAAAAGACCAUACAAAGGGGAAAUUAGCUAAUUAAGCCGAGUCCUUCCCCAAAUGAUUGUAAAGGAGGAGGCAAAAGAUUUUGAUCAAGUGAAUUGUGACUCAUCUGCAGUGCAGUGCUUUGACCCAAGUUUCUGCUGCCUACUUUCACUAAAGUUAGUUUGCAGGGAAUGAAGUGGAUAUUUACUUUUUCUGCUGUGUUUGACUAUGUAUUUGUCUAUCACAUUAUUAUUUGCCUGUUAAAAGGUAAAACUGAAUUUUUCAAUUCUGCCUGUGGUAAAGGCUUUGGGGUGUGCACUUCUUAGUUACCACCUAUUGCUCCAGAAAUAUUUGUUGAGGAGGGCGAGAUAGAACUAAUGAUGUGAUGGCCUGCAUUUUAGGAGCACUAAGUGCUGUCCUCAAGGCAAGGAGAGAUUUAUGAAUGCUUUUAAAGUAAAGCAGAGGGCUGUUUCUCGCUCUGGUCAUUUACUUCUGGGGGCCUACACUGAGAUAGACAGUGGUCUGAAGAUUCAGAAUUCCUUAUUGCAUAAGAAAAUGUGCUGUAUUUCAUGUUUCCACAGCUGAAGUGUGAAAUGGAAAGCAAAUUGCUCUAAUUUACACAGGGAGACAGGGAAGGCAUUUUCUUGUCAUGUUGUCCUCAAUUUUUCUAUCACUUGCUAUGUUCGUUUGGUAGUUUACAAGAUUAAAUACUUAACUGUGACUUCAGUUAUCACUGUAUGGAUUAUGUUGAUACACUUCCAAUUGGUAGGGUAAUGUAUUAUGAUUUUGUUGAUAUGCUGCUUCAGAGUACAAAUUUGUUUCUUCUGAAAACCAGGAAAGCCUUAGAGAACUGGCUUAAUCAAAUUAUAGUGUAGGUCUGAAGCCAAAGGAAGGAAACCUUCAAGCUACACGUGCUGUUCAAUAUCAUAUUGAACACAGAGUUUUCUAUUUUGCAUAAAUUGGCUUUCUAGGGAGAAGGAGAAGGGUAUGGCUACAAGAGAGCCACCUGUUAAUGCAGGUUGCUCGGUGUACUGCACAGUCACUACAGCUACAUAGCACUGCCAGCCAAGCUUGUCCAGAUUUGUUUGUGAAAUGUGCAUGUAUUUUGUGAGCUUUAGGCAUUUAUGUAUUACUGGGUGGAUUGAAGUUCUUGACUUACCCUCUGGUCUGAUUAUAUGCUGCCACUUAAUCUAAUACUGCUCCAAGGAAGUUAAUCCUCUGUCUCUGAGCUGCUGUUUAUUUCUGACUCAUGAGUUGUAGCCAGGUAAGAAGGUACAGAAUGAAGUUUAAAAUGAAGUACCACAUUUCACAAGCCAAUUGAACGAGUAUGGUCUGUGGGGAAAAAAAGGUUCCAAAACUUGGGCUUUGGGAAAGUCUUUCACCUUUAAUGAAGGACACAGUUCAGGAGGUGACAGAGAUCUGAAUUCUGCAUCAAUUUAAGAAUGACUUGAGCUUUGCUUUUCUCAUGUGUGUGUGUUCUUUAAAAAUUUUUACCACUGUAAUACUAUUCUAAGAUCUACAGGGGAAGUAAGCAGAGGUAGCAUUUUGUUUAUCUUUUAUAGUUUGAGCUGUGGGAAGAAAGGAGGAAGGGAAUCUUUUGGCCCAAGUAUGGUAGUUUGAACUACUUCAAAAGCACUUUGACAGACUUGCACAUCCCCUGUGCAUAUUUCUCAUUGGGUAGGAGCAUCCCUUCUAAGAAUGGUUUCAGAAAUGGGUUCAUGUCUGAUACCAUUACACUUGAAUGAACACUAAUUAUUGAUAGAUCACCUCAUACUUCUGUAGUUUGACUUUUCAUGAUAGUUUACAAAUACUCAAGCAUUUAUUCAAGAAAAGGAGUGAAUCCUUCAAAUUUAUGGUUGAAGAGGGCAGCCUAACAUCAGAUUUAAUGCCAGUAAAUUCUGCUUUGAGUAAGUUAGUUUUCUUUUACAUUUGCCAAGUUUGCAGUUCUCCAGUUUUACAAUGUAGCCCCAAGUUGGGGUUUUUUUUCGGAAGUAAUGUAUGUUUCUUCUAGAAGACUCCUUGAGUUCUUGAUAAGAUGGUUUGGCUUAUGUUUAACUUAAAAAUCGCCCUUGAGUGAGAUAGCUGCAGAAUUAACAUUUUCAGUAUCUUUCUUUGUAUGAUAAUCUUUUGAUUCAUCCUUGUAUGCUUUACUGAGGGAGACUUAUCCAUGGAUAGUUACCGUUUUGUUCUCCAUUCUUUUUCAGAAUUCUCCCUCUUAUUUCAGUGUUUGCUAUUAUUUUUCAUACUGUCUUUUUACAAUUUGACUGUUUGACUUCAUCAAUUCAUCAGAUCUUCUCAUUUCCUUUUUUUUUUGGUAAACUAGUUGCCUUUUUAAUUUUUUUUUCCAGAAACUUUACAGGAAGACUAAAUAUGUUAAGGAAUAUCCUUUUUCUCUCUCUAACAUUUUCACAUGUAUUUAACUAACCUCCUUGAUUUAUUUAGCUGUCUGUAUGCUGACAUAGCAUGACUUUUGUUUCCAGUAAAUGAAAGAAAAACACAUCCACCCAUAUGGAAUUUAGACUGAAAAAUAGCCUUGGUCUACAACAAUUUGACUAUUUAGUAGUUUUAAGUACUUAAUUUCACAUUUUUAUUAUAUUUCAUCAUUUGGCAAAUGAAUACAGGCCUUUUAUCCGUUCAGUAGUUCUUUGGAUUUGGUUUAUUUGUUCAGGUGGGACUUUUGCUGGUUUCUUUUUCUUAGUAUAAUGUUGGAGUUUCUAUUAGAGGCUUUGAUUGAAAUGUUGGACUGAUGUUUUUCCUGCGAAUUGCUGUGUAGUCCUUGAAGAAUCACUGUAAUACAAUCCAGUGAACUGCUAGCAUUGGUAAAAAUCAAGUAAAACCUGCUUACCAGUAAAUGUGCCGGGAUAUUUUUCAGCUUACUGUAUAUGUUGUGGUUUUUAAAAAUAAAGUAGGUUUUUGAAGACCCACGUAAAGCUUGUGGCAUAAAGUUUUGAGGUGAGCAGAGGUCUUUGCAAGGUCAGAAGCAGUAAAUUAAUGGCUUGCAACCUGAGGUUUGUGGGUACCUUCUGAGGAAUCCACAAAAAGUAAUUUAAAAAGCAGAUCUACUAUCAGUAGGUUUAUAUUUGCUACCUGUGGUUGUGUCCUUCCAUUGGAAAAUUUUAAUGGAUCUGAAAUGAUCAUUUGAGAAUCCCUGAACUAAAAAUAUGGGUUUACAUAAGACAUUAGCUAAAUGAAAAUGAGUUUAUCAAUGUGAGGAGUUUUUUUCUUCUUCCUCUUGUUGUUUGUAUGGACUGUUGAGCCUUGAACCUCUGCAAUAUACAAAUGUAUGAGCCUCUGUGUCUCUUCUGGUAAGCGUGUAACUUCAUAUUUCACUAUGUGAGAGCAGCCACGUGGUUUUGCACAUUCCCAUUGCAUUCUAAUAAUUGAAAUUUUUUAGUUAAUCUAUGAUAGAUCUGGUUUAAGGAUCUAAUUGUCUUUUUUUUUUUUUAGGAACUGCUUAAACAUAAUAUUUACUUUUUCAAAACACCUGAUCAUCUGCCACUGAAGCCUGUCUAAAAAGCCGACGGACCCUGUGAAACUUCUUAAUGCUGUAAUGUCUGCAGCUGUCUGUGCCAGAACUCUGGUUCGGAUGAGUAGAAAUGUGCCUAGCUCUUGCAUAAGCUCUCUUGAUUCUUGAUUUCUUGAAUGAAAAUGGAAGUGUGAGGAGAGGACACAAAAUGAAUGAUAAAAACUUGAGAAUCAGUGUAAGUUCUGGGAGAGAAAAAUGUGAGUGGUGGGGAAUAUAGCCAAAAUCUAAGGGGCCUUCUCUGUCACUCACUGUGGCCCCUAAGGUUUGAUUCUGUUUUUUUUUUUUUUUUUUUCCCUAAGACUAUGUAGCUGCUCUUGAAAGUAUGUUUGUUUUUCUGUCUUUCCUAUUGUUUCUUCAAGCUCUUCAGAGUGUACAUAAAUCAAAAUAAUUUAUAUGUCCAAAUGUACCAUUCCUUAAAUUGUCUAUAGGGACCCUCAUCUGUGUUCAUGUAUAGUUUAUUGCUUCCUUUUUUUUUUUUAGCACACAUAGAAGCUAAACUUACACUCUGACUACCUUUAUGCUCAAUGCAUAAAUAAGCUUCGUGGGUGUGAUCAAUACCAAUUAAGUUUAUUUGCAAACACAGAUCUUGCAGUGAAGCAAUUCUAAAAAGAUUUUGAGCAGGAACGGGACAAGUAAUGGUCAUGAUGUGAAAAUACUAACAUUACUUAAGGAUGGUAGAGUCUCCUGCCAUUGAGGUACUUUUAAUUUUUGGUUGUCAGUCUGAUGUGUCAAGUAAAGCCAGGAAUGAUAGACUAGUAGCAAAGCAGAACUGUUGGGUGGUAUUUUAAAAGAAAUUUAUUUUCUAACACUAUCAUCAGAGGCUGCCUUCUGGUUUUAUCUAAAUUGUUAAGUACUGUUAUUGUUCUGGUAAAGAGUAUGUUGGUGGGAGAGUAUGAUUUGCUGAGCUAAUACAACUAGUUAGCAUCUUGAAGUGUUUAUUCUAUAGUACUUCCAGAUAAUUUCUUUAUCCUUUCCUCUUCCCCUCCCCUCCCCUUUAGAGUGACAACAUUACAGACUUAAAAUGGGAGCUACAUUUAUAACCCUUAGAAAUUAAAGAUUAGGAAACAGCUUCUAAUAUGAAAAAAGUUGCUGGCUUUAGCAACUGGGUCUUAUUUACCAGAGCAUGUUAAGUAUAAUGUAGGUCAGAUCCAGACUGACUUAACAGUUUAAGUUUUCUAAGAAAAAGUUAGCACUUCUUGUGAGUCUCCUGAACAUGCAAUCUGAAUUCAGUUGUUUGCUGCUUCUAAUAAAAAUGCUGAUCAAACAGCACUUAGGAUUAUUUGUCUGCUGCAUAAAAUUAGGCAUUCUAAGCACUUUCCAGGAAACAGGAAACCUGGACACUGGAUCUUUCAUGAGGAUUUGUGGUUUUUUUGUGUUUUUCUGUACUUUGGGUGAUUGUGAAAGUCAGAUGAUUGGAGUGGGGACUUUUGCCUGCUUGGGUGAUACUUACAUGUGUAAGGACAAAUUACAGGUUGCAACAUACCUUUAAUCCCUUCCAGGGUAACUAAUCAAAAGUGAUCCUUUCUCUGGUAUUGUUUUAAUCUGACUCUGGUAUAAUUUUCAUUUCCACAGGUGUAAAACUACAUGUUGCUUAUGAUUAAUUUAUCUUUUUAUUCUGUUGUAUGCCUGAAGAAUCUAUGUUGGCAAUACAAGUCUCUUUUCAUUUCUGUGCAAAAUACACAGUGGAUAUUUUAUUGGCCUUGAAUGCCUUUAUUACUGUGGUGAGACAGUGUUCCCUCCUGGUGUUGGAUAUGCAGGUCAUUCACUGUCUGAGCUUGUAAGUACCAGGGUUGUGAAUGGUGCAGCUUUCUUGUUAGGGUGUUCCAAGCAGCGCUGAACCCAAGGAUACUGGAGCUGAAGCUCCACAGCAGAUAACUCAACCAAAAGUAUUGAGCUUCACUUUGCAUUUAUGGUUGUUAGCAACCUCCUCCUCCCUGAUCACUACCCUACGCACAAAAUAAACAGCCCCUCUGCCCCCCAAACCUCAUCCAUCAGAAUGCAUUCUUUGGUUUUCAGCUGCUGGUGCAAAUGACUGCAUUACUUUCCAGCUUUGUCUAGGCCAUGGGCCUGGUGAGGCCUUCCCAGCUUCUAAUUCAGUGUAAGCAGGCUCAAUUUUAGCUUCAGCUGUCUCAGUCAGGAGUCUGCUUAAGAAAUCCUCAUAGUUUCUGAAGGCACUGAGACAAGAGGGCUCUGGGUGCUGAAGACUUCCUGAAGCUUGCCAUCUUAGCAUGAUGGGACACAGCAUCAACAUUUUUGGCAGGCUUUUAUAAGGACUGUUUUCGUGCUGCUGAAUUUGAUCUCUACCCCAGUUUAGGAGCUCUGCAAAGCGGAGGUUAAAUUAACUCCAAUUUUCUGUCUGCCUAAUAGUAGUAGAACAUUGUUCUUUAGUUUUACACUGCUGCUUGUUUCUGGUACAGCCUAAUCAUAAACUUUCCUUCACUGGAGGGAAAGACCUAACACCGGAGUCCUUCCUCUCCAGCACAAACCUAAGAGCAAGGCUCUUUAACUGAGGAGCUUCCCCUUUGGAAAGUCUCUCAGCAGCACCAAGAUUCUGUACCAGUAGAGAUGGGAAGGCUUUCUCUCAAAUUCCUGUUGCUAAUACAGAAGCUAUUUGUCAGGACCACUACUAGGAACGUCUUGGUGUUCCACCAAGACUUGGUAUAAUUACCUAUGGCUUAAGGUUAAUACAAGGGGUUGAUACUGGGUCUGUUACAGAGGCUUGGAGUAGUAGGACUAGACAAAAGUUUGCCUUUUUGGGGAAUGUCAAAAACCAAGUUUUGCUCUUUAUAGUAGCAUAAUUUCUUUUAUAUGUCAGUAAAAAAUAUCACAGUAUAUUGAUACAAUGAAAAUACAAGAAUAAUCUUCUGCUACUAAUAUUCUGGUGAUAGGCUAAGCUGAAUGUUACUGAAUGGAGAUUUCUAGGUUGGAGAAAGAGACCCAAGUCUGUUCCCAAGUAAGCAUGUGUUUUUCCUAUUAACUUUGAGGGAAUUUGUUUGUGUGUGUUUGGAAAAAAAAAAAAAGUGGAUGUAGAAGAUGGCAGUUGGAAUGCUAGUUAUUAGUUUGCAUUCAGCCCUGCAGUAAAAUGCAAUGUUUAUACAGCAGUAUUCAUUUUCAAACUGCUACUGAAUAGUAAAUCUAGCAACACUUUUGUAGUAUUGCCUGGUAUUAUCUUCACCGUUUACAACUGCAAAAACUGUAGCAAAGAGCUAAUUUGUUCAAGAUGACCGAAGUAGUCGGUGGCAAUGCUGUGAUUAAAAUGAUUAAGUCUGCAACUGCAUGUCUGUGUCUACAGCUGGAAGACUGUUUUUUAAAUGGUUACUCCUGAGGGUGGCAGUACCUUUGCACUUUCACAACUGAUGGAGCCAGAGAUAUAAAGGUCAGAUGCUCACAUAUGCCAUUGAGUGCCGCCUUACCGCUUAUGACUAUAAGACAUAGCAUCUACAGUGGUGGUGCCUGUCAGGUUCACGAUCUUGGUUCUGUUUUUUUUUGUCUUACCUCUUUAUUAGCUGUUACUACAUUUGAUGUCUCAUGGUUACUGCUUUUAACUGCAUUUGGAUCCCUCUGUCACUGUUCAUACAUGCUACUUUGUAGUAAAACUUAUUUAUUGAAAUAUAUGACUUUGCGACAUGUACUUUCAUGUACUACAUCUUGGUCUAUUUUUGUGUGAGAGUCUGCUGCUUCUCUGUUUUGAUGAUUUCCAUUUUUUAUGACGAAAGUUCAAAUCUUUGAACAACUUUAAUCUGUUGUUAAUGGGAGUAUUAAAUACAAAUUGGCUGUAAUCCAGCGUAGGUAUUGGCACUUUUGUAUCUUAUUGUUUUAUUUGCCUUAUAAUUUGUUUUUAACUUUGUGCAUGAUCUGUGUCUUAAUUCCCUGAGGAUACUUCACUAAACAUAAAUGAAACUUGAUUUUUUUUAUGCAGUCAUCAGGUUGAUCUGUCAUGGCCUAUGUUAGUAAGCCUACAUAUUCUCAUUUCUCGCUUUUAUUUCUAGAUUUGUGCAUGGUUACAAAUGAGAUGAAUUGAGAGAACAACCAUUUUCCUUAGGCCUUAGUAACUUUAUCCUUCAUUAAAAUGUCAUGUAAAAUUAAUUGAAAAAGUUUUCUGUUGGUGUGACUUGUCAACAGCUCUUGCUGUUAUAACUUUGUCCUGACAAGCUCAAACUCAUUUUACUCUGACAUAACCAUCAGUUUUAAGUACAGUUACUGUCUUCAUCUUCUGGUUUAGAAGCUGUUUGAUAGUGAUCAGCUUAACCAGCUCAAAACCAGCACUGGUGCAUGUUACAUUCGUCUGCUUGGAAAACAGGCUGCUGAAAUCGUGUGUGGAAUCUUACUAGACUAGUUGCUUUGACUAAUUUUUCUAAAAUAAGAGGCAAGAACUUGACAUCAUCUCUAAAUAUGAAGAAACCCAAGACAAAAUAGUUUUUCUACCAUAUGCAGGAAAAUGCAUAUUGAGCAAUGUAUGAAGAAAUACACUAUCUCCACCAUGGCAAUCAAAUUGUUUAUCUACCAGUUAAGUAAAUAUAGUCAAAGUUUGUUAGUCCAGACCAUCGCAGUAAACAGCAUUGGUAGUUUCUGCCUCAUAUCACUGAAUCAUGAAAGGUGAUCGCAAAAUCAGACCAGUCUUGCCAAAUAAAAAAGCAAUUCAGAAUGGGUAUACAGAAAAGGCUGCUUGAGACCUGUUUCUGUGUGGAAAACUUAAAUAUUUUUUUGUCUUUUUCCCCUUAGUUGAAAGAUUAGUGACAGCCCUUCCCCAGCCCCAAGACUGACUUUCCUCUGCAUUGCCUUAUGCAGAAUACUACUUUGCUUAGCUCUGUUGGUACGUGUAAUUCAUACCACUAGAAUUGCAUACAAUAGGAAAAGGUGCUAGGAAGAGUGGUAGUUGCUACCAGUUGGGUAGUGUUAUCCAGCCAUAGGAAUGCUUGGAUGUUCAGCCUGCACUACUGCUGUUGUGCCACACUGAUGGUACAGCAAGAGCCAUAAAAUCAGGUAAAAACCAACACACUUUUUCAGCUAGGGCCAAGAAGGGAAUGAACAACAUAAAAAGGCCAACUGAGUUGAAAAAGAUUGUCUGCUUCUGAGGAGCAAGAAGCCUAUAUGGUACCUGCUUUCAGAAUGUUUAUUCAAAAGUGAUAGAAAGCAAAUGUGUAUCUUUUGAUUUAAAUUGUUUUCCUUAUUACAGAGUUGUCACACCAUCUAUUAUAUCCAUAUGCAUUAGGAAGUAUCUGUUCUGUAGACUGCUUUAAUAUUAGUGGAUUAUGCUGAUAGAAACUAUUUGAAAAAAGAUUUGUCCUGCAGUUUGUAUUAAAAAGAAGAAUGAGACCUGUUCAUUAAGGGUGAAAAGAAUGUAGGAAAUUGGCAAAACCUCUGUCUAUCUGUAGUGUAGUUUUGCUAUAAAGAAAGCUCUUUUGGUUUGUUUUUUUUCUUGAGCAAUUGUACAACAGAACUUUAAUUUUCAAGAUCAAAUAUCUGUACUGCAAAUGCCUAUUUUCAACAUGUUUAGAUGGUUAAUCUGCUGGAAUAGAUUACAAUCCUUAUCUUUUAAAUUUGUUUACUGCACAGAGCACUCUGAAUUUGUACCAUAUGCUAGUCAGUCUCAAUAAAAAUGUUAUUUUCUUCUA